GCAGCCCGGAAGUGACGUGUGGCCGUGCGUCAGGCUGUGUUGAUGUUUUGUGGACAGGAGGGAAGCAGAGCCGCGUUUUGUUUUUGUUCCACUAAAAAACGUCGAAAAGGAGCCUCGUCUUCUCCUCUACCGUCCCGUUCGGUUCGUUAGGAGCCUCUAGACACCGACACCGACACUUUAGAUCCACAGAGAGGGGAGAGGACUACCUAACUACCCCCCCCUCCUCCAACCCCCUCUCUACCACCAUGACGAUCCUGCCGAAGAAGAAGCCCAGCUCCGGGGUCGGUGUGUCGGACCACGCCGAUGACAGCGACCGUCGGAGCGGCUCGGACUCGCACCAACACCCGCACCCGGGUAGAGCAGGAGCCCGGCCCAGAGCCUCCCCUCCGCCGUGGUCCUACCAGCCGGCUCCACCCUCCGACCGGCGCAGCAUCGAGGCGAGCUCCCGGCCGCAGCAGGCCUCUCCCCCGCCGGGCGGCUCCGUCUCCCCGGUAGGACCCACCGACAGUCGGGACGGCGGCGGCGGGAUGGAGCUCGUCGUCUCCUCCGGUGUCGGCGGUGGCAGCUGCUGCUCCGGGCCCGGACUGAGCAAGAGGCGGCGGCAGCAGGCUGGAGGAAGCUGCUGCUCCAGUGUGGGGGGGGUGGGGGUGGUGGUGGCGGCUCUGGCCGGCGGAGGACAACCUGGAGGGGUGGUGAUGACCGGGCCCGGAGGAGGAGGAGGAGGAGUAGGUGGCGGAGGAGGUGGUGGUGGUGGCUCCACACAGGACGCGGAGGAAGGAGCCGGGGGGAACAACAGCGAGGAUGAGUACGAGAACGCGGCCCGGUUGCAGAGCGUGGACCCGGCCACCGUGGAGCAGGAGCACUGGUUUGAAAAGGCUCUGGGAGAGAAGAAAGGCUUCGUCAUUAAGAAGAUGAAGGAGGACGGAGCGUGUCUGUUCAGAGCUGUCGGUGAGUGA